AUGACGUCGCGCGGAGCUUCACCACACUCGAUUACAGAAUCUCUCAGUUUACCGACUUCGUCUAAACGCGAAUGGCUGGAUAUCGGUAUCAAAAGGGGAUAUAUACGCAAAAUUUCCUUUAGCCAAUUUGAGAACACUAGCCUGCUUUGUAGAGGAGGGUUCGCCACCAUAUAUAAAGCUUAUUGGAAACAAGCUGGCAAAGAAGUAGCAUUGAAGUGUUGUCAUGCUGCUCAUAACGAGGAAGUUGCAAUCAAUGAGUUUGUCAAUGAGCUCAAAUUAAUUAGAGACGUUGAUUACUGCGACUAUGUCGUUAAACUCUAUGGAAUUACCCAUGAUGAUAAUGAAGGCAAAUAUUAUCUUGUAUUACAAUAUGCCGAGGGCGGAACGCUUAGAGAGUAUCUAUCUCAGAAUUUCGGUACAUUGACUUGGCGAGAUAAAAUAAGAUUAGCCAAGGAAAUUACCAUUGCCUUGGUCUCUAUUCAUAAUGCAGAAAUAUUGCACAGAGAUUUGCAUUCGAAGAACGUUUUAAUCCAUGACAAUAAGAUUAUUGUCGCCGACUAUGGUCUCGCCAAAUCACUUGAGGAUACCUCAAGUUCAAUACAAGGAGGAAUGAUUGCCUACGCCGACCCGGCUUGGUUGGAAAACAAUUCAAUUAGCCGGACCAAGGCGUCCGACAUAUAUAGCCUGGGUGUUUUGAUGUGGGAAAUUUCAAGUGGGUGCCAGCCCAAUCUAAAUACCAAGUCGCCUAAUGAGCUGAUGAAUAAGCUCAUUAAGGGUGAACGCGAAUUACCGAUCGAAGGAACCCCAAUGGCAUAUGCGCAUCUCUUUCAGGAAUGUUGGCAGAUUAAUCCAACAAAACGUCCAUCUGCAGCAGAGGUGCUACAAAAAUUGAUUGAACUUGAACCUGUCAUCGAUAGCGUUAAUAAAUACGCUAUUCUGAAACUUGAUGAUGACCUGCUUAAUGAUGAAAUCCCUGUACUUGUGAAGAAACCAAGUCACUGCCAUCUCAAAAACGAUGAACAACUUUCGAGCGAUUCUUGCGAUACUGAAUACACACCAUCGCAAUCAGAUUCUUCGUCCGCAGAAAUCAUGCCUCCGGCAAAACGUAAUUGUGAUAAAACGCUCGAAAUAUAUUCACGCCAGUUCCGUGACAAUACAGCAGUGGCUCGUUGUCGUGCUGGUCUUCAUGCUGGAUUUGGGGAUGCAUCAGGUUUACUUUACCACCUUGAUCAGAACGAAGAUGUCAACGGAAGCUAUAGGUUUAAUGGACAGUUCUGUCCGCUGCUUAUACUCACGGCCAGAUUCUGCCCGGCAAAAAAAAUUGCCGAUGUUCUGAAGGUCCUCAAGCGCUACAAUGUGCUUGUGGAAAUACAGGACGAAAAGAACAAUACGGCCUUACAUUGGCUAGCAGAGAAUAGCAGUCUAGUAAGGAAUUCAGCUAGUGCCAGAGAUUCAAACACUCAAGACUACCUUAAAUUGGCCGUGGAAUGGCUAAUAGCGGAGGGCAUUGACGUAAAUGCCCAGAAUAAGCAUGGACGUACUGCACUCUCGUGGUUUGUAGAGAAGGAGAUUCCUCAAGCUGUGGAUUCAUUGCUUCGGCUUGGGGCAGACCCUAACAUUCCUGAUCAUAUGGGUUAUACUCCCCUUCACCGUAUUUUGAACUUUGAGUAUCGACAAUACCAUGUCGAAAACCUGGAGAUAGUUAGAAUAUUACUGGAGAACAAGGCCAAUCCUAACUUAUCGACAAGACAUGACUCAGGGAUGUAUUAUCCCAACUGCUUGUUUAUUGCCGUUCAUAGGAAUUGGCCCCAUGAUAUAUUACAAGUGCUAAUGGAUCGCAAGGCCAACCCACAGGCACACACAUCCGAAGGUCUUGAUCUAUACGCGUAUGCACUAAAGAGACGCAAUAGUAAGGCUGAUAUCUAUGCGGAGGAAGACGUGAAUUUCUUUUAUUUAAAUUAA